ACUACACUUGAAUUGGACAAAAUUCCCGGAUUCCCGCCAGUUUCCGCGCGCUAGCUGCUUCAAGAAGCAUAGAGCAAUUUACUUUUUUUUUUUUUUAACUCAAACUUGCAUUUUUUUAGUCAGUAUCUAUUUAAUAUUGAACGUAGUUGAAAAAGCAAACGUACUUGUUGUGAUAGUUUUACCAAGAGCGUUGUUUAUGUUGUGAACAGUUGAAAGACCAGAAAAUAACAUUAGCUAGUUUGCUAAGUUAGCAAUUUAGCUUACUUAAACAAAAGAUUAGCUAGCUAGCUAUCUAGCUAGCUAAGUGAGUUGACCUUGCCUAAAGGCCUUUACUGUAUGAACCAGCAAAAUCCAUUUUAUCUUCAACGUUUAGGUAGCCAGCUAACCUAUAAGUACUAGCUAGCUAGCAAGCUACAUCGAGAAUGAAAGCUGCAGAGGAUCAGGUUGUGGAAGAUGAUACUUGUUUCCAGGAUGAUGAGGAGUCCUUCUUCCAAGAUAUUGACCUCCUCCAGAAACAUGGGAUUAAUGCAGCAGAUAUUAAAAAGAUGAAGUUAGUGGGUAUCUGCACUGUGAAGGGGAUUCAGAUGACUACUCGCAAAGCUUUGUGCAACAUCAAGGGCCUGUCCGAGGCAAAAGUGGAAAAGAUCAAAGAGGCAGCUGGGAAAAUGCUGAAUGUUGGUUUCCAGACUGCCUUUGAGUACAGCUCAAGGAGGAAGCAGGUGUUCCACAUCACAACCGGGAGCCAGGAGUUUGAUAAACUUUUGGGUGGAGGUAUAGAGAGUAUGGCUAUCACAGAGGCCUUUGGAGAGUUCCGCACAGGGAAAACCCAACUAUCUCACACAUUCUGUGUCACUGCUCAGCUGCCAGGCGAGGAUGGCUACUCAGGCGGGAAAGUAAUCUUCAUUGACACAGAAAACACCUUCCGUCCGGACAGACUGAAAGACAUCGCUGAUAGGUUUAAUGUGGACCAUGGUGCUGUGCUGGACAACGUGCUUUACGCCCGGGCCUAUACCAGUGAACACCAGAUGGAGCUGUUGGACUUUGUAGCAGCCAAAUUUCACGAGGAAGGAGGAGUGUUUAAACUAUUGAUCAUCGACUCCAUCAUGGCUCUGUUCAGAGUAGAUUUCUCUGGUCGAGGCGAGCUGGCUGAGCGGCAGCAGAAACUGGCCCAGAUGCUCUCCAGGCUGCAGAAGAUCUCUGAAGAGUACAACGUAGCAGUGUUUGUCACCAACCAAAUGACAGCUGAUCCCGGUGCUGGAAUGACGUUUCAAGCUGAUCCCAAGAAGCCCAUUGGUGGGCAUAUCCUGGCCCACGCCUCCACCACCCGUAUCAGCUUGAGGAAGGGACGUGCAGAGAUGAGAAUUGCCAAAAUAUUCGACAGUCCCGAUAUGCCUGAGAAUGAGGCUACGUUUGCCAUCCUUGCUGGAGGAGUUUCUGAUGCCAAAGAGUAAAGGACAAAAGGAACUGAGACACUUUUUAGUACAGCCCCGUUCUUGUCAGUUUAGAGUUAUUUAAGGUAUUUGUUUAUGGAUUUAUUUAUUGAGUUAACUUAUUCAAGUUACACUGACAAUUUUGGCCCUGAUAUGAUUGAUGUAUUUAUUCUAUUUAUAUGCAGUGUUGUAGUAUUUUUCCUGUCUUUUAUAGAUUAAA